AUGAACUUUUGUCUUCUCAUAGCAAUAGCUCUUUGCUUUGUUGCGGUUUUGUUAAGAGGACUACCAGUACCAUUCUCCUCAGAACCCCAGCUUGAUCCAUUGUUUUACAGUAAAACUUGUCCUCAAUUGCCUUUUAUUGUAUAUCAAAUUUUAUGGAAUGUUUCUAAGACGGAUCCUCGCAUGCCUGCGAGCCUCAUAAGGCUUCAUUUUCAUGAUUGUUUUGUUCAAGGUUGUGAUGCAUCAGUUUUACUGAACAACACUGCUACCAUCGUGAGCGAACAAGGAGCUUUUCCUAAUAUCAACUCAUUAAGAGGUUUCGAUGUUGUUAAUCGAAUCAAAACUGCAGUGGAAAAGGCUUGCCCUAAUACAGUUUCUUGUGCUGAUAUUCUUGCACUUGCAGCUGGAGUAUCAUCUAUUCUGACUCGAGGUCCAUGUUGGAUUGUUCCAUUGGGGAGAAGGGAUAGUCUAAACGCAAAUCAAAGUCUUGCUAAUCAAAGUCUUCCAUCUUCUUCCUUUAAUCUAAGUCAACUUAAAUCUUCUUUUGCUGUCCAAGGCCUCAACACCAAUGAUCUAGUAGCACUCUCAGGUGCUCAUACAUUUGGAAGAGCGCGUUGCUCAUCAUUUGUUGAUCGAUUAUACAACUUCAGUAAGACUGGCAAACCGGAUCCCACUCUUGAUCCAACAUACUUAAAAGAAUUGCAGAAAGAGUGUCCUAAGGAUGGACCUGGAACUAACCGUGUCAAUUUUGAUCCAACUACUCCUGAUAUAUUGGACAAAAACUACUACAACAAUCUUCAAGUUAAAAAGGGUUUGCUUCAAAGUGAUCAAGAAUUGUUCUCAACACCAGGUGCAGAUACUAUUGGCAUUGUCAACAAUUUUGCCAAUAACCAAAAUGCUUUCUUUCAGAAUUUUGCGAAGUCAAUGAUUAAAAUGGGAAAUAUUGGCGUGCUUACCGGAAAGAAAGGUGAAAUUAGAAAACAAUGCAAUUUUAUUAACAAGGAGUCUUCUGAAUUGGAUCUUGCAACUGUGACAUCCACAGAAUCGUUAGAUGAGGAUUUAGUUAGUUCAAUCUAA